CCGAGGUCGAGCUUGUAUUGCAGGACCCGUCCUAUACAGAGACGACGCGGAUUGCCCUGGAACAAGUUGGGUUUCGAAUCGUGGGAAGACAUGGCAUGGGAGGUUUCGCGGAGAUCGACGAGAACACGCUGGUCUUCUCAUACCGUGCCACGGUCAACUUGCGAUCGAUCAUAGCCGAGAUUGCGAGACCCUUUGCGAUGGUUGUACAAGCUGACCGCGUGGUACUUAACGGGGUAGGGAUCGAUUACAAAAGGGAUGCCGGCUAUUUGAGGGAGGAUGGUGAAUAUGUCCAUUUCUCCCUGGCACACGAUUACAGCACACCACGUACGCGGGCGAUGGACAAAGGCUAUUAUUGGAAAACGUGGCCUAAACUGAACAGCGAUAAUGACAGCCCUGACGAUUGGAAUGCUAUGAUAGGGAUGAGAUCAUACAUCGUUCCUGAUAAGGGCUUGAAAUUCGCGCAGGAGGAGAGGAAUACAACCUAA